UCUGAACCAUUUGGGAGUAUCAUCAGAUGGCUUUGGUAAACCCAUUUUCUAGCCUAACCUCCGGUGAUAAACAAUGGGUAGAUCAUAUUAGCAAAACCUUGAAACACCAGCUUGCCAUUAACGUCGAUACACCUUCACUGUCCAUAUUUCAAAUUCCUCAAAUCCUAAAAGACGAAAACCUGGAAGCGUAUGCCCCACAACGGAUAGGGCUUGGUCCUAAUCACCAUUUCAAGCCAGAGCUCUAUCAGAACAUGGAGCAAAACAAACUCACUUCCGUGAAAAGGGUACUUAAGUCUAAUAAAGUUGAAGUCUCUGUGGACCAAGUCGUAGAUAAUGUCAAAGAGAUCAUCCCCAUAAUUUGUGCUUGCUACGAUUUGUACCUUGAUGCUGAUGAUGACACCUUGGCAUGGUUAUUCACCAUUGACAGUCUCUUCUUUAUUGAUCUACUUGGUGCUUAUAUUGAUCAGCAGGUUGCAAUAGAUGCAAAAGAUAUUAUAAUGUUAGAGAACCAGAUUCCUAUAAUUGUAUUGAAGGAAAUCCAAAAGGUCCUAUCAAGUAGCUAUGAUGAAGGCCAAGAAGAUUUCUGGGAAUCUAAGUUCGGGUUUUUCUGUAAGUGCCACUCACCAUUUAUCCUCUCUAAAGAGAAAAUCGAUUUUAGUAGAGUAAACCAUUUACUUGAUUAUAUGUACCAAUCCAUCGUGAAAAAUGAAGAAUCGAUCUCACCAGAAGUUUACUUUCAAAAAUCUGGAAGUGGUCCAUCUGAAAAAGACGAUAAACUAGAAUUACUUGAAAUGUUUAUCCAACUCAUGGCACUGAUCCCAGGGACUAAACCAUUUCUUCAGAUCUUUGAAUCCAUCAGGAAAAACAUCUCAGAAAGUAUUGAGAAGAUGGUGACAGCUGAAGAGAUCAAGGUGCCUUCAGUUUCAGAGCUUCGCGAUAUUGCAGGAGUUAAGUUCCAUUUGUCACCAACUGACGGAGGAAUCAGAAACAUUAACUUUGUAGGUGAAAAUGAGCGGUUUUGUUAUCUGCCUCUUAUUACCCUUAAUAUUGAUUCAGAGGUGAUAUUGAGAAACUUGGUGGCUUAUGAGCAAUUAAUGGCAAAGAAAAGUUUUACCACUGGACAUGGUCUUGAACUCACUGAAUAUGUAGAUUUCAUGUGUGGUAUCAUCGACAGUGAUAAGGAUGUCCGGUUGCUACGUGAAGAAAAUAUCAUCAUAGGUGACUUGGGUGAUGAGGAUAUUGUUAAAUUGUUUAAUGGGAUUGCGAGAUCUCAGGGGAUAAUGAAUAGAGCAUCAGAUUUGAGGAAGACUGUGGAUCAAUUAAACAAAGUCUACCAAAGCACACCGAGAGUUUGGGUCCAGAAGAUGGUGGAGAAGCAACUUCGGGCUUCUGCCAAGAUGAUCACAUUCCUUAUCAGCAUUUCGAGCACACUGAUCUUGAUUCGUGAGGUGUAUUUGAAGACUUAUGGUUCCACUCCACCAAACAUGAUUUUUGAUGAUAUUGUUAGGACCAUAUUGAGUGGUUUUCUUCAUUGAUAAGGGGAUGGGUUUGUGUAUUAUCUAACGUCCUUGUUUUAACCAUCUGAUGUAUUAUAUGCCAUGAGCUAACAUAGUUAUAAAUUCAGUUCAAAGAACUGAAAUACAUGUACAAGAACACAAUGUGUGAUAGAGCCCAACAACUACCCGUACAUGAAGCAGCCUAGUUACCACAAUAUGAGACAUUCACUCGGCCCAAACCAAUCAUCAAGAAGCCUGCCUGAUUUCUAUAAUAAAGCAUGCGAGCUUUACCAAGUCAAACCAGUUAGCAUUUGAUACUUUCUUUUCUUUUGUUUAACAUGUGUUCUUAAUAAUUGGUUUUCACUUCCAGGUGUAACGCAUGAUUAGAGUAGCUUUAUUUUCUAUUUUUCAAGUAGUAUUUAAACAAUGUACUUUGGUUUUAAUGGAUUAUUCAGAAAACGGCUGUGGUUACUAUUUUGUUUCUCUUAGUUUUUGGAGGUUGACAACCUCGAAUACCGUUCCUAUCAUUUGGUGCUUUCAUUACCUAUCUCCCAACUAUGCCUCCCCUGAAAGAUGCUACAGCCUACAACCGACAUACCUCGUAAACCAGAAAAUAAACCCGGUGAACCUCCGAAGGACCACCUACAAGCACUUCUCCGUCUU